GGGUCUGUCCGCUGUGGGAGUUGGGGAGAUGUGAAUGACGCUGGUCUCCUCAGCCAGCAACCAGAGGAGGGUACACAGGCUCUUUCGAGCUGCUCUUGGUCAGUCGGGUACCCUGGGAGUCAUUUUAUUAUGAGAGAGGAACAGGGGGCAUUGGUCUGGAGUCAGGAGCCAGGCAGGAAUCUUGGGUUGUGAUCUUGGGUUGAAUCUCCUCUUGGGUUGGCCUGUGAUCUUGGGUUGAAUCUCCUCUGCCUCAGUUUCCCCAGCUGUAAACCGUUGAAGUUCUUAGCCCAGCGUUAUUGUGAGGAUGAAACUAGAUCAUGGGUGUGAAAGCCUUUGUCAACCAGCCACUCUGUGCAGAUGUGAGGGCAGUGGGGUGUCACGUGGCAGCCCCGCCAGCGGGCUCAUCUCCCUCAAAGCCUUGUUUGCCCACUCUCUUCCGGGCAAAGCCUCCCUCGGCCAAAUUAAUUCCUGUCCUGGAUCCUCUGACUCAUUUCCCUGUUACACAUGGGCCUCCCCUCUCUGAGAUCAGAGACCAGAUCAUAUUUGUGACACUCAACAUACAACACAGCCACAGGCACGAUAAAUGAAGAUAAAAGAAGCGGCAAAUUCUGCCCGUCCUGCCCUGCCCACCCUCAUCCAUCACCCGUGACAGUUGCCUGAGGCAGUGCUCUCAACAGCCCUAUUUCACAGACUGGGAAGCUGGGGCUCAGAGUGACGAGAUCACUUGCCCAAGGUCACUCAGCUAAUACGUGGCUGAGCUGGGAUUUGAACUCAGGUCUGACUGCACAGCCAUGCUCGGUUUCACUCCACUGCACUGACUGAUGAGCCGCUAGGUCAGAUUCUAAUAAACAGACCCUGAUGGGCACCAACUUGGGAAUGGAGUGGUUCCGACUGGGGUAAUGCAGUGGAGCAGUUGGGAACGUGCACUCUUGAUUCAAACCACAGCUCGGCCACUGACUUAGCCGUGAGAUCUCUCUAAAGCUCAGUUUCUCCAUCUGACACGUGGGAGUAAUAAUGGCCACAUCAUAGGAGGGUGGGGAGAAGAAUCAGAGAAUGCAAGUGAAAGCAUGCUGUAAAUUGUGAAGGGUAUGUACAUGAGAAGGUGUGGAUUCCAGUGAUAACGAUGAUUAGAAUGACAGUGUGAUCGCCACUGCGGGCAGAGCCGCGUUGUGACAGUGCCCGCUGGCAUGACUGAGACCCCAUUCGUAUCUCAGUGCUGAGGCGAUGUGAACCUUCCCUAGCGGCCAGUGAAUGCCCUGUGGACGUCCACACUGAGCAGUGACACAAACUCUAAGUACAUUUCUGCUGGGGCUCAGCUCAUUGGAGCCUGAAGGUUUGGGCUGAGGCCCGGAUCUCUUGAAGCAAAGUGAGAAGCUCCUUGAAUCUCUAAACGAAGACUCUGCUUCACCUCCCGGGUUCAAGGACACCCUAGUGCAGGGGGUGGGGAGGGUAGACUUUGCAUCCAGUGUCUGCCUGCGCCCCAGGCUCUUCUCUGGACCCUUCCUUCCCCCUCCCCACAACUCACUGCUGCAGUGGGGACAGGGGUGCCUAGGAGCACAGGCUGCAGAGGGUUUGGCAGGCUGGCCAUUGGUAAACUACACAGGCACCAGCUCCCACCUCAGCUCUCUCUUACCCCCGCACAUGGGGGAGCAGGGCACUGUGUAGAAGAGCCCAACACCCGGAGUUAGAAGACCUGUAGGAGUUCUAGUUCUGCUAGUUACGGCGACCUUGGAAAAAUCACUGAACCUCUGAUCCGGCUUCCUCAUUUUAGAAUGGCAACCGGGCCACAGCAUUCAACACAGUCCUCCCAAGGAACCCAAACCCGAGGUCCUGGCACAGAUAACACCGGGCCAUAGGGCCCAGUCACAGCUCCCAGGAUGCAGCCGGGUUGCCUGGGAAGGGAGCAGUGAGCCACUCUAGCGCGAAAAUCUAUGUCUCUCUUGCUGGAUCCUCACCCCCUUUUGCAGCCUAAACUCAGGAGCAGGGGAGGGAACCAUCAUGUAUCACAUUGCCAGGGCCUCCUGCAAUGAGUUAAAGGUCCUCCAAAGAGGAGAUGGGAACCUGCCCUUGAUGAAUUAGUGAAGAGUUAAGAGAUUCUUCUGAAAGGCGUUGCCUGAAACUGUGCAGCUCUAUUUAUUACUUACUUAUUUUUUUUCAGCAUAGUUAAUUUGUACUAAUUAUUUGAAUAAAGAGUAUUCUUUUUAAAUAAAACUUAUAACCGGAGACCAGAGGGAAGGGUUUUUGCAGAAGGGCCAUUGGUCCCUGAACUCACACCCACAAACAACCUCAGAGAUGAACUUUGAAUUGUUAUUUCCAAAUGAGGUUAGUGGAUGACCCCAGAGUUACUCCAGCAGGAUCAGGGAGGUGAUUUUUCCCAGAAAAGCUUAAGCUUCUGUCUUAUUCCCUUAUUAUGAAGGGAAGACUAUGGUUUCUCGUGAUAAGGUAUAAUAUUUUGUGUAUAUUAAAGCCAUUAGUUCGUUAAAUAAAAUAUUUUGUUUAAAAUAUCACAAUUUUUAUAACCCUAUUUGGCAUUGAGAAAUGUGUCAUAUGCCUCUGGGAGUGGCCCAGGCCUGUGUCUGCCCUGAGAGGCCCUGGGUAUAAUUUGGGAUUGACGGUCAGACUCUCAGUUGUCUGUACCCACAGAGAGCCUGGCCAGCUGGCCCACCCACUCAUAACCUGAACUCUGCCCACUUACAGGGGAGUUGGGGGCAAAUUCUGGGUUUGCAGGUGCAUUAAGGCAAGAGGUAGCAGCCCCCAUCCUGAAAUGGCCCCAGGGAUCUGGGACGGGCUGAAGUCUCCUGUCCUGCGUAUUCUGCCUUCUCAGUCUACUGCUUGUCUUCCCCCCAAUUGUGACCUCAUGUUACUCCAGAAUGAGCUCCUUUCUGGACCCCUUUGGCUUCCGGACCCUCUCUGUUAUGGGGCUGGGGGCUGUAAGUGGGGAUGGAAUGCACUGAGCUGGCAGUGGGGUUCGGCCCUUCAUGGAGGGAGACACUAGCCUUAGGCAGCCAGGAAUGGAUGCCAGCCCAGCCAAGGGGGUCUUUCAACCAUGGCCAGCUUGACCCAGCAGCUUCUGCCCCUUGGGUGCCAUCAGAUGGGGAGGAAGAGAAACCAAAGACUGGACGAUAAGAAGGCCUGACUUGCAGAACAGGUCACAAGCAGGAGGCAGAAGGGACUCAGAAUUGGGGAAGCUACCCUUCCACUGACCUUGGGGACAGCUGUCAGGGUGGGAGAAAGGUCCCAGGCCUCAGCCCAUGCCUGUCAGACUAGACAUAAAGGAUCCUGUGACCUCUCCCCGCCCCGCCCCUCAACCACCUUCCUCACAAUGGGGUUCAUUGCUGAGGUGGGAGGGGCAGCCUAGGGAGGGCACAGCGUGGGGCCUGCCUGCCAGACAACCUCGGGGAGCCUGUCCUUUCAAGCAUGAGCCAUACCAUCUGGGCUCCCCGACUCCCAGUGUGCUCUUAGCUCUGCCCGCCUGGCGUGGGGUCCUGGAGACCUUCUUGGAGCUCAUCCAGCAACCAUCACGCAGGGUGGUGCUGGGGACCGCCCUCUUACUCGGAGGUGGAGCCCUCAUGUUGUGGAUGCAGAGGAAGAGGAGAAGGAAGAUAGAUUCUGAGACUGCACAAGACGAGCAGGAGCCACCAGAAAGCGGCAAAGCAAGGAAGGAGAGCUGGAUCAAAUCGCACUUCAGCUGUCUUUCCGAAGAGAAGCUGGCUGCCGGCAGCAACCCCACCUGCAGCCACAGCGCCGGGGCCUGCAGCAGCGGUGCUGCUGCCCAGCCUGAGAGCGGCAGCGGGGAGGCCAGCACCACGAUUCCUGUGGACACCUUCACCACGAGGCAAGGAGAAGAGGGCACUGCUCUUCACCGGGAGCCCUUGACCAGCAAGCAGAGGAUGUCUGGGACCUCAGUGACCAAAGAGACCCACGAGGAGUCUGGGAAAUCCUCGUCCACGGAUGAGGCCAUGUGGGCCGCCGUGGCUGCCUGUACCGAGGAGAUUGACACCAAGGGGCAGCAGCUGGCUAUCUCCAUGUUGCAGCGUGCCAUGGCUUGCCAGAACUCAGGCCACCUGGAGUCCAAGGACAUCAGCCAGGAGGAGCUGAAGGCCCUCGAGGAGGUGGAGAUGAAGCUGAAAGGGAAUUUCCUCACCCAGCAGGAAACCAUCACAGCUGGUGCCAACCACAUGCACACCUUCCAUAGCCAUGGCCACCAGGGUUAUCCAAGCCACCCGAGCCACCCGUGCCACAGCCCGCCGAACAGCAGCCACCAGGCCUACCAGCCCUUUAAAGCCACCUAACCACAGAUGGAGAUGCCCCUUCCCCCCACAGGGCUGGCACACAAUCACAGGCAUCCUAUGUGGUCCGUCUCUCCGAUGGGGCAAACUAUGUGGCCCAGAUGCUGCUUAAAUCCCUGCUUCGUCAGGCCCUCACAGGGGUCCCGGGUCCCUUGGAUUCUGUGAGCGGAGUCUGCCACUGAUGGCCCCUGAUGGAGGGAGAGCUGGGGGGAAUUGAAGCAGCUGAGACAGACUCGCAGGCCACGGAAGACCCAGCAAGAGAGGAUGCGCGAGGCAGAUCCCAGGAGCAGCUGAGAGCACCAUGCUGAUGCCAGCUGCCUGGAACUGAGCCAAUAAAGCCUUGUAUACCCUCACUCUGGGUCUGAGGGCUUUGUGGCCAGCCCCAGGUCUGGGCGGGCCUCUGGGGAGAGGGUUCCUCCUCCCACAGUCCUCUUCAUGUGGGCUGAUUCGAGACUCCAUAAUUCGGCCUCCCGGGUCUCAGUUUCUGGGCGUGGGGCAGGGGGCUCAACUGCCACCGACCUGCUGCUACCAAGGAAGGAGGGAGCAGCUGGGAGUUGGGAGGAGUGGGGAGAGACAGGCUUUGAGAAGCCAGGAAGUAAGCAGGGGUGGGAUGUAGGUCACCCUGUGUACUACCGCCCUCUCCCUGCCCGCACUGGGAUCCGUGUUGGUGCCUCCCCACCGCCUACCUUCAGAGCUACCGUGCCAUAUGCUCUCUCCUUGUUCAUGCUACUCUUGCUGGGGCUGCCUCUGUUGCAGUACUGCUAAACUGUAGUAGGAUUAGUACUACCAGUAGCUCUGCCCACCUUUUUUUGAGUGUUUAGUAUAUGCCAUGUUCUGUGUUGUGUUACAGCACAGCCCCAUGAGGAGGGUAUUAUGUUAUCUCCAUUUUGUAGUGAGGCUCAGAGGUGUAAUUUUCCUGAGACAGCCUAGACAGUAAGUGAUGUUGCUGGGGUCAGAGCCCAGCUUGGCCUAACUCCAAAGCCCGUACCCCGAACCCCUGCCCUGUGCUACCCCCGAGUCCGAUGUCCACCAUCCCCCAGUGGGCCUAUCUCUCUUAUACUUAUCCCUGUCCUCUUCCCACAUGUCCUGACACUCGCUGUGCCCUCCGGCAAGCCUGGGACUCUCCUUGCCUCCUUUUCCUGGGUUUCACAAAGCCAUUUCUGGAGCAAGCAGUGACCCCCAGGUAGGCAGUUAACGGGAGGCAGCUGUCUCCCCCAUGAAACUUGAGAGGAGUCAGCUACAUGGCACUGUCUAACCUCCAGUGUCUCCUUUACGUAGAAAUUUCUUACCAUUUGCAUCUAUUAUGGAUUUACCAGUGGUUCCCAACCUGUGGGCCUCCAACUCCAGGAAGAAGGUGCCCAGAAUCAUUGCAAAGGAUGGUUAAAUCUGUAAACACCCUAAAUGUUGUCAUUUGAUUUUAUGGAGCAUAGUUGGGAGUAUUUGAAUAUUUUUGACAUUACUAGUAAGUGACUUUAUAUAAAUGUUGAUGUGUGUGUGUGUGUGUGUGUGUGUGUGUGUGUGUGUGUGUGUGU